UGUUAGCCUGCUGUGAUUACCUCCUUUCCCUGGUGCCACUGUCCACGGACAGUGGGUGCUAGCUAUAAACAUGAGGUGGUUGGCCGUCCUGGUUUGCCUCUACAUGGUCAUCCAAGUUACGGAACAAAGUGUAUCCUAUAUAAUCACUGCACCCAACAUAAUUAACGUUGGGGUGAAGGAGAGCAUCACCAUACAGCUGGACGGAGUUAGUCACCCUCUGAACGUCCAAGUUUAUUUGCUCGAUACAAUAUCACAGAAAAGAAUUUCAGAAAACGUGGAGUUCGUUCUAUCAGAGGAGAAUAAUUAUCAACAGAUUAAAAAUAUUACUGCUCUCCCAAAUCUCAUCAAAAACCUGUACAUUUGGCUCCGUAAGGAAAAGUACGUCUCUCUGGUAGCCGAGUGUCCUGAACUCUUUCCAACCAGGAAAAUGACUCCUGUCAAGCUCUGUUCAAGGAAGGGUUAUAUCUUCAUUCAGACGGACAAGCCAAUAUAUACCCCCAACGAGGCUGUCAAGUACAGGAUCUUCACCCUGGACAACUACAUGAGACCAGUGAGCGAGAGCAUCAGGGUAACCAUAUACAAUUCCAAGAACAUACAGUUCCCCAGCUUGCUGAUGAGUUCCCAGAAGGUGCUACCUCGGACGUUCAAAAUCCCGGACAUCGCAGAGCCAGGGAAUUGGCGAAUUGAAGCUGAAUUUGACGAGGCGCCAAUGUCCAAAGUGUCCGCCGAAUUUGAAGUCAAGGAAUUUGUUCUGCCCAGUUUUGAAGUCAGUUUGCUGUCAGAAAAAAUGUAUUACCUGGUUUCAAGCGAAGCUUUCAACUUCAAGAUCCUGGCAAGGCACACGUAUGGAGAACCUGUGAAUGGAGUGGCGUACGUAAGAUACGCUAUUAUCGAUGGAGAAGCGAAGAAAACCUACCUGCGGGGCCUGGAGGAACACCAUCAGCUCGAACAUGGAGAGAAGUUGCUUUCUCUGAAAAGCCAAAGGCUGUCGGAAAAAGUUGGAAAAAGUAUGAAGGAGCUUGUGGGGCACCACCUGUCUGUGGCAGUGACCGUCUUUGAAACAUCCAGUGGACAGAUGGAGGAACUGGAGGAGAACAACAUAAAGUUUGUAUCCUCUCCCUACGUUAUUGACCUGUCAAGAACAAGUGGCUAUUUUGCACCACAGCUCACCUUCAAUGUUUUGGUCCGGGUGACUUAUCCUGAUGGAUCUCCUGCUAGUAAGGUUCCAGUCCAGUUAGAAGGAUAUGAGAGGACAUCGAGAACACAACAGGAUGGGCAGGCUUUGCUGACAAUUUCACCUCCAUCAGAUACAGAAGCUUUUGAUAUCAAGGUGAUCGCUGGGAACGGCGAGGCCGGGGCAGAAGCCAGUGAAGCACAGAAGACCAUUCACAUCUACCAGUCGGAGAGCAAGAGCUACCUCCACCUGACCAUACCGCACAACGUGUUUGACCCCGACGCAUCGUUCUCUGCCGAUAUAAGAGCCAUCACCGCUGCCAAUGCUGGGAAUGUCAAGUACUUUUAUUAUCUGGUCAUAAACAAAGGCAAGGUUCUGAAGAUAGGCCACAUUGAAAAAUCUGAGGUGACCAAACUCACCAUCCCACUCAGCUUGGACAUGGUGCCCUCCUUCCGCCUGGUCUUGUACUACUAUGUGGAGGUCAGGGGCAAGACCGAGAUGGUGGCAAACUCUGCAUGGAUUGAUGUGAAGGAUGUUUGUGAGGGAGAGAUUACAAUCAAAGAUAUGCGCAGGGAAUAUGAGCCAGGAUCCUCCACAGAACUGAACAUUGAAAUGGGAGACACCGGGAAGGUGUGCCUGGUUGCCGUGGAUAGUGCAAUCUACAUCCUCAACAAAAAGAACAAACUUACACAAAGCAAGGUCUUUGAACAGAUGAACUCUUAUGACCUUGGCUGCAGCUUUGGAGGAGGGGCUGACAAUGUUCAUGUCUUUAUGGAUGCCGGACUGACUUUUAUUUCCAAUGCCGCCACCUCAAAGCUUCGAGAUGGGUAUUUCUGCCAAACAGACAGCAAGAGGACAAAGCGAUCACUUGAUAUCCAAGCACAGUACAUGGGAAAAUUGAGCCACUACACCAACCAGGAAUUGUACAAGUGCUGCUCGGACGGCAUCAACUUGAUCCCGAUGAAGAGGAGCUGUGAGGACCGGGCAAAGAGGGUGAAGAAGGAGGAGUGUCGGAAGGCUUUUCUUGACUGCUGCGAGUAUGCAGCCGCGCUGAGGAAGAACCAGUCCUAUGUGGUGGAUGCAGUGGGCAGAACAUCUGGCAGUGAUGAGGAGGACUAUUUUGAUGAGUCUCAGAUCAAAAUUCGCAGUGCGUUCAAACACAGCUGGCUUUGGAUGACGUCUCCUCAAAUAAAGAACAGGAUCUACAGGCAGAGACUUGACAUUCCUGAUUCCAUAACCACCUGGGAAAUUCAGGCAGUUGGGCUGUUUGAUAAUAAAGGUUUUUGUGUGGCGGAACCAAAGCCGUUGAAAGUUUUCAAAAAGGUGUUCGUAUCUUUACGGUUGCCUUAUUCUGUGAAAAGAAAUGAACAGUUGGAAGUGCGGGUGGUAUUGUACAAUUAUCACAACAGGGAAAUUGAGCUGAAGGUGUAUAUGAAACCCGACAAUGCUCUCUGCAGUCCUGCGACGGGUGACGACAAGGCAAGAUCGCUGACCGUUAAAGGGAACUCUGCCUAUCCUGUUUAUUUCUCCAUCGUCCCCUUGGAGAUCGGCAACAUUCCAAUCACUGUCAUUGCCUACAACAAUGAAUGGUCCAUAAACGAUGCUGUCACAAAAUACCUCAAAGUGCUGGGAGAAGGUGUCUUGAAGACUGAAGAGAAAAGCAUCUUUGUUAAUCCAAAAGCAAGGAGCACCUAUGAGAUUUUUGAAGAGGAACCGAGCAACAUGAUCCCGGACACUGAGUCCUACCUUUAUAUUCAAGCCAGUGGCGAAGUACUUGGAGAAACGGUGCCAAACACCUUGGAUCCGGAAGGAAUUGACAAGCUCAUACGGUUGCCGACAGGCUGUGCCGAGCAAACCUCUUUCUACAUGGCACCUACUGUGUUUGCCGUGAACUACCUGGACAGGAGCGAGCAGUGGAUCUCACUGAAAGCCGAACGCAAGGACGAAGCUCUACAACAUGUUGAAACAGGGUACAAGCGGAUUCUGGAAUUUAAGAAGUCCGAUGGUUCGUAUGGAACCUGGAAGGACACUCCCAGUAGCAGCUGGCUGACAGCAUUUGUUACAAAGAUACUUUCAAUAGUUAAGAUGCAGAUCCACGUACGGAGAGAACAUAUUCAGGAAUCUGCCUUGUAUUUGGCUAGAAGCCAGGAAGUUACAGGACAAUUCAAGGACCCCCAACCAGUGUACCACCGAGAAAUGCAGGGUGGAGUCGGUGGGGUAGAGUAUAAGAUCUCCUUGACCGCUUUUAUCACCAUCGCAUUGGUGCGUUCUCUGCCGUCCUUCCCAGACAACAUGGAGGAAAAGCAAGAAGUGGAAGACAGCAUCAACAAGGCGGUGCGAUAUCUCUUCGGCAAAGUUGAGUCUAUUCAGAGACCAUAUGCACUCGCCAUCACCUCCUAUGCUCUCACCUUGUUCGACCCGACCAGUUCCGAAGCACGCAUGGCAUUUGAAAAGCUGAAAGGCUUGGAAACCUAUGACAAAGAAACGGAUACUCGCUAUUGGAAGGUCGAUCCGAAAGUGCUAAUUGCGAAGGAAACUCGGCUAAAUCAGGUCCCACAGGCGCCAGCCAUUGAGGUGGAGACCAGCGCCUAUGCACUGCUAACAGCUGUGCUCAUGAAGGAACUCAAUUAUGCCAGCGCUAUUGUAAAGUGGUUAACGGAACAACGGAACUACGGUGGUGGAUUCCGCUCUACCCAGGAUACAACGGUUGCCUUGGAGGCGCUGUCUGAGUACAGCAUUGCAACUUUUGAACCUCAAGAGGUCAACAUGAAGCUGAAAUUCAGCAGCCCUGGGAGAAGUUACGGGAAAACACUCAAAAUACAGAGGAGCAACACGCUGAUUCAGGAUGAGUUGAAGUUCCAGCUGGGUGACAACAUCAACAUCGAAGUGACUGGCACGGGAAAUGGAACACUCAGUAUUCUGAAAUCGUACCACGUUUUGGAAGAAACGGGAAAUACCUGUGGCUAUUUACGGCUGGAAGUAAAGGUCCGAGGCAAGGUGGACUACGCAGUUACUGACUACUUUGACUAUGAAUACGAUUUUCCAGCGGAUCAACCGGUCAGUGGGAUAGGCUGGUUCGACCUACGAUCCCGAAGCAGGAGGCAGGCUCCAGCUGCAGACAACGCCGAGGUCCUUUAUUAUGAGGUCUGCUUCUGGCACGUGGCUGAAGGAGCCUCUGGGGAGGAACCCUCAGGAAUGGCAAUCGUGGACAUCUCCUUGCUUAGUGGAUUUGAGCCAGAUGGGAGUGAUCUGGAAAAGCUAUCAAAGCUUGUGGAUCGAUACAUUGAUCAUUAUGAGUUCAAAGAUGGCAGAGUACUGCUUUACCUGCAAUCGGUCACUAAAGACAAGGAAUGUGUGGCCUUUGGCGCAAAGCAGAUAGUUCCAAUUGGAUUGAUCCAGCCAGCAAGCGCAGUACUUUAUGACUAUUACAAUCCAAGUUCCAAGUGCACUGUAUUUUACAACGCUCCUGAACAAAGUGCAGUGGUGUCAAAACUCUGCCAGAAUGAUGUUUGUGAAUGCGCUGAAGGGAAGUGUCCUCGAGCAAAGAACACCUUUAGCAAGGAUAUGAAACGCAGCUACCGAAAGGAAUUUGCCUGCUACAGCCCGAUCGUCGACUACGCCUACAUAGUCAAUGUGUCAGCUGAAACCACGAUAGGAUCCUUCAAAGUCUAUACAGUCACAGUCUCCAGCGUCAUCAAACUGUUGGACGACUUGCUCCUCAGUGCCUCAGACCAACGGAAUUUUCUGAAGCAUCUUUCCUGUCGGCUUGAACUGAAGAUUGGGAAAACCUACCUCUUGAUGGGGAAGGAUGGAAAGACGAAGGAUUUGAACCGAAAUAUGCAGUACAUUCUUAACUCUGAAUCUUGGAUUGAAAUGGUCCCAUCCCACGAAGAAUGUAAGGGCUCGAGCCAACGAAGAAGUUGUGAUGGAUUUCACAGUUUCAUUACUGACCUUCAAAUGGAAGGAUGCCAGAUAUAAGUGUUGGGCCCUCUGCUGCUCCCCUCUUGUUGCUACACGGGAUGCAUGUUCUCAAAUAAAGCACUCAACUAUUCAAUGACAAACUACGUGCACAAACAGUAAUUAAAUAUUUGAUUAACAUGUUGAGCUGUUACAUUUCAUAGAACAAGUGAUGUAACACAUUCAACAGACACAUUUACACCCAGACUUAUUCUACAAGAUACAUAUAUAUCUCCCUGCCCUCUUCCCCACGCACAGUCAGGUAGCACGUGUCCUUGUAGAUAUAUCUGGGUUAUGUUGAGCUGAGCUGGUCUGUACCACAAAUUAAUUUGGGCCAAAUCAAUCACAUUUAAUAGUAAUCACAGUCAUAGUCAUACUUUAUUGAUCCCAAGGGAAAUUGUUUUUUGUUACAGUUGCACCAUAA